AGAAUGUUGUCUAGAAAGUUCUUAAAAUAAAUUCUAAUAUAUAAAGAUACUGGGCAUUUUAAAGAGCUACAGAAGAAGAGAUUUUAGCAGACAAAAUGAGCCUCAUAUUCUGGCACAAUCAGAGAUGACUGGCAGAGUCACACCCCGAGAUAUGUGUCAACUUCACCACCUUGGAUCAUUUCGGCAUAUUCUUAAUUGUUUUCUUCUGUUGCUGAUCCAGAAGGAUAUAUUUUGCUGUCCAUCUGUUUGCCAGCAGUGUUCAGGCAGACAAGCUGACUGUCGUAAUUCAGGUCUUUCAGCUAUUCCAACGAAUUUCCCACCACAUACUACAUUUUUAUAUUUAAGUGGGAAUAAUUUAUCACACAUAAAUCCAAAUGAACUCAUAGAACUCCAGCAACUUGCUGUGCUUCACUUGGAUAAUUCUAGCAUUUUAUAUGUUCACCCAAAGUCAUUUGCUGAGUUUAAGAAAUUGUGGUACCUACAUCUGAAUAAUAACCACAUAAAACACUUGGAUCCUGGAACAUUUGAAGGACUUUCAAAUCUUCAUUCUUUAUCCCUGCAAAAUAAUGAAAUUGCUUUUGUUCCUAAAGGAUUAUUUAGUGAUCUCACUUCGGUUCAAUACCUAAUGCUUCAAAGCAAUCACCUCAGCAUCCUUGGUAGUGGCACUUUCUUUGGAAUGAGUAGUCUUCGGAUUCUUAACCUAGCCAACAAUAAGAUUUCGUGGAUAUCACGCUCAGCAUUUCAUCAUCUUGACAACCUUACAUGUUUGUACCUUGAAGGUAACAAUUUAACACAUGUGCCAUCAAAUGCGUUUGUAGCAUUGGACAAUCUUGAAAGACUUUCUCUGUCACUUAACCCUAUUGGAUCAAUACCUCCCUUUGCAUUUAAAAGACUGGGCAGGCUUGAGUAUCUGUCUUUGAAAAGUGCAAACAUAAAAGCGAUCAGUGUGAAUGGCUUUUCAGGGUUAAAUAAUCUUAAAAAGUUAGUUUUGAGUAAUAAUCAUUUAGAAAAUGUCAGUUCCAGCACCUUUGCAGUGUUGGAUAAUUUAAUGUUUCUGCAACUUGAUAGAAACAAAAUAAUCCAUAUUGCAGAUAAUACAUUUGAAAGAAUGGGAUCCAGUUUGAAGAUACUGGAUCUAGCAUUUAAUAAUCUGACAUUCUUGCAGCCUAAUGCGCUUAAGCCUUUGGUCUCUUUAACGCACUUACAGGCAAAUUACAAUCCUUGGAAUUGUAGCUGCAGAUUACUUGAGCUGGUUAAUUGGCUAGCUUCUUCGUCCAUCUCUGUAAAAAUUAAUUGCCAAAAUCCUUCCAGUUUGCGUGGAAGGCACUUGAAUUAUGCUAAAUGGGGAUUGUUUACAAAGUGUUUCAGCACUACCACAAGACCUGAAGUAUUCAAGAAUAUUAAACCUGCAGGCAUUCUUCACAGCACCACUACUUUAUUGAUGGCAUGGGGUAAAAAACCCACAAGCAAUACAGCUUAUAAACAUUUUAGUAUGGAUGCAACAGAUACAGUGACUUUAUGGGCCGAAGUGCCUACCCCGUCUGCUAGUCAAAACCUUUAUGAAGCGUAUUCCAGCGGGAAGAUGAGACACACAGCUUCAGUCGUAACAUUACAAAUACCAGCACAGAAGAUACCUGUUAAUUUGACCACGGAAGAAAACACAGUAUCUUCUUCAGAAGCUGCUUCUGUAUCCUUUAAAGCUUCUCUAAUCUGUUCACAGCAGGUAGAGAAACUAAAUCAGGCUUUUGACAUUUUAUUAACCUUUUUUAUUUUGGCCUGUGCUGUGAUCUUCUUUUUGAUCUACAAAAUCAUUCAAUUUAGGCAGAAGCUCAAAUUGCAAAAGAACUCUGACAAUGGGAUAGAAUACUAUAGCUUUUAUCAAGCUGGUAGAUACAAAUUAACGGAUCCAAUUCAGCCUGUACCUCAGAAUCCAAUGGGAAGUUCAGAACUGGGCUGUGUUCAGCUUUCUAAACCAACAGCACUUGAAAGUCAAGCACAGGUCAUCUUAGUUGAACAUUCAGCAUUGUAAUUCAGCGGGAUUCCUGUGGCUGCAUGUAUAAAGACCAAUACAGCAAUUGCAUAUCAUGUUUUGUGGGAAAUAGUUUAG